AUGACGCUGUUUGAUUUACUUGUUUUAACUGCAACAAUCCUUUCUGUUCAAUCAGUAAUAACAAAAACUCCAAGUGGAGAUAUUCUUGGUUUUACAUCGAAUAAUGUCGAUAUUUAUAAGGGUAUUCCUUAUGGACAAUUUUCAACACGUUGGUCAUCAGCAACAUUACCUAAAUCAUGGACUGAUACACUUAAUGCAACUGAAUUCGGACCGAUUUGUCACCAAUCUGGUCCAUUUAAACUACCUCUACCAUUAGUAGAAAGUGAAGAUUGUCUCUUUCUAAAUAUCUGGGUACCAAACGGAAAUAAUUCAUUAUUACCAGUACGUGUAUGGUUACAUGGUGGUGGUUAUACAGCUGGUUUUAGUAAUGAUUAUGAUAGUGAAAAUCUUGCUCGUUUUUCUCAAUCAAUUAUUGUCACAAUUAACUAUCGUCUGGGAUUGUUUGGUUUUUUUCCUUUACCAAAUUUAAAUACACGUAAUCUUGGAUUGAUGGAUCAACAAUUAGCAUUACAAUGGGUACAAAAAAAUAUUCCAUCAUUUGGUGGUGAUAAAACAAAUGUUAUGAUAUUUGGUGAAUCAGCUGGUGGUAGUUCUGUUCUUGCUCAUUUACUUAUGGAAUCUAGUUGGCCAUUGUAUUCAUCGAUUGUAUUAGAAUCAGCUGGACCUUUUCAUUUUUCUGAUUGUAAAGAAAAUGAAAGAGUGAAUUUAAAAUUAAUUGAUAUAGCUUUUCCAGAAUGUCAAUCAAAUUUAACUUGUUUUCAAAAGAUAGAUGCUUCGAGACUUUAUCAAGAACUUACAAUUAAUUGGAUAAAAUUGUGGCCUUGUAUUGGUGAACAAUCACAAUUACGAGAGCAACCAAUAACAUUAAUUCGAAAAGGUUUAUUUAAUAAAAAAGCAAAUGUUCUUGGUGGUUUUAACGCUCAUGAAGGUCAAAGUGUUACAUAUAUAUUCAAUCAAUUUAAUAUGUCUAUUUCUGAAACAAGAUAUCAUGAUUUAACUGAACAAUAUCAAAUACCUUCUGAAUUAAUUGCUAAAUAUGAUCCAACAACAACUGAUAAAGAUUAUUUUAAUGCUUUUAGUUGGUUAAUUGCUGAUUAUUAUUGUUAUUGUCCUAGUUUUUAUCUUUUCAAUUAUCUUGCUACUAUUUCAUCGUCAUCAAUUUAUGUCUAUUUAUUUAUUCAUCCAUCUGAAAAUUGGAUAUUUACACCAUUACAUUUCAAUGCUACACAUUUGACUGAAAUUCCUUAUGUAUUUCAUAAUCAAUUUGUUGCCACUCAAUUAACACCAGCUGAAACAAAUCUAUCAUUAAAACUUAUUAAGUAUUUUACAUCAUUUCAUUUAUCUAAACAACCAUGGCCAUCUUAUAAAAUAAAUCAAACCAUAUUGAUUUUUGAUAUUGGUGAUCAUGGAAUAAAAACUCAAUUUGGUUAUGGUAAACAAAUGAUUGAAAAAUGUUCAGUUGUAUUAAAAUAUUUCGAUAGUGAUGAUUGUCAUGCUUAUUUAACUGAACAAGAAUGUUCAAAAAUGAAACAUUGUCAAUGGAUAGGAGAUCAUUGUGAUACAAUACAAACAUCUUCAGCUCUACAAAAUAAACAUUAUUCUUUCACUUUUUCUAUUGUUGUUUUGACUUUUUUAAUUAAUCUUCUAUUUAAAUAA